AUGAGAGGCUGACAGAACUGAGGCGUUGGGCUGUGGGCGGGCGUCCUGCUGUCAGGAGUGGAGUUUACAAAGUGUUGGAGAAUGUUUUGGAAAGUUUGCUGUACGCUAAUUUUUGUUCUCUUUUUCUGCCAUGAGCUAUGCGACGCUCAAAAGAAGAAAGAGACUUUGCUAUCAGAGAAGGUGAGUCAGAUGAUGGACUGGACCUCCAAGCGUUCAGUCAUCAGGAUGAAUGGAGACAAGUUCCGUCGCUUUGUCAAAGCUCCUCCUAGAAACUACUCGGUAUUCAUCAUGUUCACAGCGCUGCAGCCGCAGAGGCAAUGUGGCGUUUGCAGACAAGCCGAUGAAGAGUUCCAGGUGCUAGCUAACUCCUGGCAUUAUUCCUCCGCCUUUACUAACAGAAUCUUUUUUGCGUCAGUGGAUUUCGAUGAAGGAUCAGAUGUCUUUCAGAUGCUUAACAUGAACUCUGCUCCAACCUUCAUCCACUUCCCACCCAAAGGGAAACCUCGGCGAUCAGACACCUAUGAGCUACAGGUCAAAGGCUUUUCAGCUGAACAGCUGGCAAGAUGGGUGGCAGACAGGUCAGAUGUGCAGAUCCGUGUCAUCCGUCCACCCAAUUACGCAGGGCCUCUCUUGCUGGGGUUUCUCCUGGCUGUGAUUGGUGGACUGGCAUAUCUGCGAAGGAAUAAUUUGGAGUUCCUUUUUAACAAUAACGCUUGGGCUUUUUCUGCUUUGUGCUUUACUCUGAUCAUGACUUCCGGCCAGAUGUGGAACCACAUCAGAGGACCGCCUUAUGCACACAAGAACCCCAACACUGGACAAGUGAGCUACAUCCAUGGGAGCAGCCAGGCCCAGUUUGUGGCAGAGACUCACAUCGUCCUUCUCUUCAAUGGAGCAGUAACCGCUGGGAUCAUUCUUCUUUGUGAGGCCGCCACUUCGGACAUUGACACUGGAAAGAGGAAGAUUAUGUGCGUAGCAGGUAUAUGUCUGGUGAUGCUGUGCUUUAGCUGGUUGCUGUCCAUUUUCAGAGCAAAGUACCACGGAUACCCAUACAGCUUCCUGAUGGGUUAGAUGUCCCAGUUUCUAUCCAGAUGUAACCCAAAAGUAAACUUGAAGACACAGGUCUUUAAAAUCUGAUCAAACGACGGAUCGCUGCCAAGAUCAGCUGGAUCAGUUCAGAGAUUCGGUUUAGAUUCACCUGUAAUGAAAGAAGUUCACCGGCCUCCCACAAGGUUUUCAGUUUCACUCGUUUUUUGACAUUCAUUUGGUAUCUUAAUAAUAACUGCUCAACAAUUUUCUUAUUACCUGUUUGAUUGAAGAUGUUAAACCUCAUUUUGUAAAUUUGAAUAUCAAAGGAAUGUUUCUAAAUAUAAUUUUCAGACUGUGGCCAUAAAGUGACCUUCAAAUAGAUAUAAACAUAGAGCAAAAUGUUUAAAGCUUUUUGACCAAACCUGCUGUUAUACUAAUCCAAGUGUUGGUAUGCACGCUCCAUUACUAUCUCAAUGUCGAUUGGUUGAUGCAUUUAAUACAGAAAUGGCAUAAAAUGAUAAGACAGACAAUUUAUCAUUCAAACAUGUGGAGCCUGUAUUAGCAAAGGAACAGUGCUCUGACCUGCUGCAUACAUGAAGAAAGUCAAAUGAUUUUGAUAUUGCUUUGAAGUUUCCCCCUUUGCUUGGUGUGGGAAAACGCAUGCGUACACACAUUACAGCAAAUGAUUUAUAUACAAUUUCUGCAGUACUUUGCUUUUCUCAACUGCCAUUUACCAAAAUAUGUUGCUUAUAAGAAUUCAAUCAAACCUGGGAUUCUCAGAGAUUAAUAACCUGUGAAAAAAAGUACUUUGUUUACAUUAAUCAAUGUAUUUUAGAACCAUAAAAAUGGCAUGUUGUUAAGUUUGUGGUCCUUACUUUACAAACAUUAUUACAUCCAUGUUGCCUUUUUGUAAAUAAUAAAUACUGAUUCCUUUUGGGAAA